UGCUGGUUUAGGUUUGUGCUGCUGCUGCUGCUCAUGCUGCGGGGUUCAGGAUGGGAUAGUCUCGUCAUGUGCAUGUGGCUCCGGCCGUCGAUAGAGCUUGAUUCAGACCGGGACUCGGGACGCCGCGUGGGUCUAACCAGCAGGCAGACUUUGGACACCUCCAUGUCGACGGAAGAAGGAGUCGUCCGUGUACAUCUUUUGACACAUCCAUCCUUGGAAAGUCACCGUUUUGGCCCCAUGGAGAACAGAAUUUCCCGGUACUGAAGUGGAAUAUCCCGGGCAGAGGAAGAACGGAUACCUAGAAAGCCCGCUUUUUUUCUCUCUUUUUUUGUUUUUGUUUGCGAGGAUACCCUUUCAUUUUUGUCCAUUUGUUAUUCAAGAUGGAUUGAGAAAGGCUCGGAUCGUUCAGCAUUCUUAAUUAGGAGACAGCCGCAUCCGAGACACCGGGUAGGAGGUGUCGUUGGACGGCGAGGGCCCACUGCUGCUUCCCGUGGAACGGAGGACACCGGAGCCGAGAGGGAGGGAGGGAGGGAGGGAGGAAGGGGUACCCCGGGCAGCCUUUACCGGGAGCCAGGGGCUGCGCGGCGGCUCCAUGAGGAGGGAGAGCCCUGCAGAGCCCAGCCGGAGUAGAGAGAGAGAGAGGACCAGUGGUGGGCCAGUUUGGAAGUUUGGAUGCAUAUGAUCACAACCACCAUGAUUUUUAUGAUUCUGGGUGCUUCAUUUGUAAUGGCGAUCGCCUGUUUAAUGGACAUGAACGCACUACUGGAUCGCUUUCACAACUACAUCCUGCCACAUCUGCGAGGGGAGGACCGCGUCUGUCACUGCAACUGUGGGAGACAUCAUGUCCACUACGUAAUUCCAUACGAUGGGGACCAUUCCCUGGUGGACUCUUCAGAGAACUACUUUGUGAGUGACAGUGUGACCAAGCAGGAGAUGGACUUGAUGCUGGGCCUGUUACUAGGCUUCUGCAUCAGCUGGCUCUUACUGUGGUUGGAUGGCGUCCUGCACUGCGCCGUCAGGGCCUGGAGGUCGAGCCGCUACUAUGAUACGCCGUCCUGGUCAUGGCUGCCGCAGUUCUGCAACCUUCGAGAAUUGCGUCGCAGGGCCCAGCUCCGACAGUUGGACGACUCCAGUGGCAACAUGGUGCACAUCAAGCAGAAGCUCUACCACAACGGCCACCCAAGCCCCCGUCAUCUCUGACUCAACAUCAAUACAACAAAAAAACAACCAAAUCUGAGCCCGUCUGUCUAGAAUGCUCCUUACCCUAACCCAAACCUCACGGCAUUGUGGCCUCGCAUAACGUCGCCCUCCGAAAAGCCCUGAAAGAACUUUUCUUGGUCAGAAGCAGGCCAGAGAAAGCCCCAAUUGAAGCAAAAUGGGUCCAACACUUUGGGAGCAGGAACAACAAAAACGGAAAACAUUUUUAAGGGUGUUUUUUCUGUAUAGAGACAUUUUCUGUGUUCAUUGUUUAACUUGGCAUGCUCUUUUAGAACAGGGUACGAUGUGGGCAGUGUUUGAGUUUUUAUUUUGGGUGGGAGAGUUGUUGCUUGGGGGGGUGAAUGCAACUCGGGUGGGUGUUUCUUUGUGAUGUUAGAUUGCUGCUUGUGUACAUAAGUAUAAAUAUGGACCAGGGAUAUUAAAAAUGAGGGGGUGGGGGUUUUGAUGACUUGUUUAUCACUAAUGAUUGGCUUGCUGGCUCCACAUGACAGUAACCGAACAGGACAACAAUGAGUAUGUUUUAAAACUGGAUGUGAAACCAUGUGAAAUUCUGCCCUCAAAAAAGAGACACAGCUGAAUUAGCUUUAUAGUGAAUUAACUGAAUGUAAUAUUUUUUCCUGUAAAUAUGUAAAGGGUCGUGGUUUGGAAGGGGUUAUGGUUUGGGUUCUCUUCGCUACGUUUGUUCAAAUAAUCAGGAGGAACAGAAGUGCUUCCCACUAUCACGUAUGUACACCUUUUGAUUUUCUCACCUUUGUGUUUAUAUGACCUCCAGUUGCCAGGCAUAAUUCACGGAACCCAAACAUGCCCAAUGGGAAAAGUGCAGUUCAGCGCUGGGAACCCUCACCAGACCCCUCUCGCCCACCUCCUCCCUGUCCAGACAUUGCUGUUGUGAGGAUGAAAUGUCUGUUUUAUUAAAAGUGCCAUUGAAGCACAGCAGUGA